AUGCCAAAACUUAAGUCAGAUUUUAAUAAUUUUUAUUCUGCUGCAUUAAAAACAGCUUCAUUAAUGCCUUCUCUCCAGAAAUCUGGUUCUAAUGAAUUUGGAUUUAAAGAAUUGAAAUCAGAAGCUUAUGAAUUCAUAAAUACAUGGAAACUCUUUGAAUUAGAAGUAUCAAAGCUAAAAGAAAAGUCUAACAAUUCCGCACAGAUUACUAUAGAUGCAAAUUUCAAAUCUAUUGCUUCUUGUUUAGAAUAUAUUUUAUUUUCUACUAAUCAAGACGGUCCUAACGGGAGAUCUGCAUCUAGAACGUGUCAGUUACUAUCUAUUCAGUUUUCAGAUAUACAAAAGAUCUAUUAUAAAUUACAAGAAUCUCAAAAUUUUGAAGAAUACAAAACAUUAAUUGAACCUAUUGCAUCUUUUUCCAGAGAUUGUAAUAAUGCAUUUCUACAUGAUUUUACAAACUUAACUAUUCAACAAACAGAGUUAACUGCGAUGAGAUCUCGAAUCUUCCAAUCAUCAAGCGAAAUCAUAAGAAGAUUGCAUGGUUAUUCGAAUAACUCUAAGAGUAUAUCAGAAAUUUGUAAUCAGCUUCAAAAAACAAGGAGAUUAAUCACAAAUGUAUUCAAAUCUCUUAAUAUAAACGAAGUAGAGAAGAAACUAGACCAAUAUUUUGAUAACUCUCUCACGAUGGUUGAAAUUAUAGAAAGAUCCAUGGAUUUAAUUGACAAUUUAUUUUAUUCAAGAUCAUCUAUCUUAGAUUAUCUUAAUUUUCUUAAGAAUAAAGCAGUAGAAAUGACUGAAACGAACUGUGAACUCAAUAAACAGAUAGAAAUCGGUAAAAGUCAAAAAGAUAUAAUGAUUCAAGAGCAAAAUCGAUUAAAACAGCUUAUUCCUGAAAAUAGUCAUCAAGGUCUUGUUCAUGACUUAAUUGAAUUCAUCAAAGAGGUGAAAGAUAUUGGAGAAGAAGAGGAAGAAGAUUUGAAUGACGAUGAUACAAUUUUUGAAACGAUUAAAGGCAUAGUUGUUGAACUCAAAGACGACAUAGAAGAUGCUAAAGCUAUUCUUGAUGGUUAUCUCGAUCAAACUCUUCACGAAAUGUGUGAACAGAAAAUGAAAGAAAUUGAAGACCUCAAAAACAGUAACGCAACAUCUUUACAACCAAUCAUUGAGUAUUUAUGUUGUGUUGUGAAGCCAGAGCAAUCACCUGUUGAUGCAAUUAUUGAAAGUAUUAAAUCAAGAAUUCAAACUUACGAAUGGCAACUGAACCAAAGCCAAAAACGUGGUGAAACUAACUACGGAAAAUUCCUAGAUCGUCUUUUGGAAAUGCUGCCCCUUGACGGAACUGUUUCUGAAAAUAAAAAAGAUGUUGUUUUGUCAAGAAUCGAAACAUUGAUAAACGAAAACAAGAAAUAUAAAGAUCUAGAGAUGAGUUUAUCUAUCGGACUUCAAAACCAAGGAGAAAAUGAAAAUCAUGUCCAAAAUAACAUUCAUGACAGCGAUAUUCAAGUUCCAAAGCUAAGAGAGAUCGCUAAUUUACUUGGAUCAGCUUCAAAUUUCAACGAAAUCGAUGAUUUGCUGAAUUAUAUUAUUCAACAAAUUAAAGAGUUGAAAGACAAGUAUAAAACAAGUUUCGAUGAAGUUGUACAAGUUAAGAAUUACUUAAAUUCCGUUUUGGAACGAAAUUCCAUCAAUUUACCAAAUCAUUCAAUAACUGCUCUUUUUGAAGCGGAAUGUUAUGUUAAUAACUCAAUAACAUUCAAUAAUAUACGAGAAAUAUUUGCUACAAACAGUCAAGUUGACUUAUCUUUGAUAGAUAAAAACGCAUCAACUUUUUUGACGAAAGUUGAGAAGAAAUUAAUGAAAAGUGCAGCUUCUAUAACCUUGAUGAAGAGUUUUGCUCCUAUUUUGAGUAAUUUAUUUGCACAUUUCUCAGAAGGAAACAGAUUAAAACAAAACGAAGCUUAUCAGAUAAUAAAUGACUCUGUAAUUCAGUUAAAAGCUGUUCAAUCGAGGUCUGAUAUCAAUAACAGCUCAGGAAAAUCAGUUUUGAUGGUUCUUGAUAGAUUAAAUCAAUUGAUCUUCUCUUUAAUGACCUUAGUGUCUUCAUCACAAGUUGAAGAUUCUAAAUUUCAACAAUUUGUUACAAAUAUGCAACAUUAA